UACACACAAAUACCAAAGAAACAAUGGAGAACCAAAUGAGACAGGACCCGAACCAGUCGCACUGCUACACGAACCCGUCGUUCUGCCGGCAAUCCGAGUACAUAGCGAACGAUAACGACCUGCCACCGCCUCCGCAAUUUCAAGUGGAUGACUUGCCGCCGCCGCCAGAUGUGCACGACAGUCCGAUGCCGGCCAACAAGAGCCUGGUAGCCCAACCUCAGCCACAGUACGGCCAAACGAAUCCCGCCUUCGUGCCCAACAGUCCGGAAAACGAUCAUCAUCAUCAGCCGCCACAGCAUCAGACACAGCAGCCACAGGAACAUCAUACGUCCUUACAGCUGCAGCAGCAGCAACAACUACUGCAACAACUGCAACAGCAGCAGCAUCUUCAACAGCAACAACAGCAGCAUCAGCAUCAGCAACAAUUGCGCCACAACAGCGUAGCGAACCUGAACCAGACGAGCCAUGCCGCGAUCGAUCGCUACUGCUACAUCGACGAGGCCGAGCCGAGUCCGGCCGAGCUCGGCGUCUCCUCGCACAAACGCUUCGGCAGUCUGCCGCCGAAUCGGCUGCGUUACUACAACAACAAUCGUCCCCUGGCAGCCGAUCGCUACGAGUACAUCCAGGACGAGACGCCACCCGCACCCGCACAGCAACAACCCCGCAUCGUCCAGGCCAACAACAGUACGGCGGGCAGAUACGCCUUCGUCGAGCAGCAGCAGCUCCAGCAGAGAUCGGCGACAACCACCAUACAGAGGACGGCCUCGGUGAGGUCGUACAGGACGGCGGCCGACGCCAGGUACGCCAGCAUGCAGGCGCCCGACGGCGCCGAGGCCAGUCCCGUGCGACAGCCCUGGCACGAGAUGGACGAGAAGUUCGGCAACGCUUCGAGGAGACAGAUCAGCACACCUAGAGGACGAUACACGAGCAUACCGCUGCAAGACGACGAUCCACCGCCGAGCCUGCCGGAGCGCAACAAUGCCGCCGAUCUGCAGCUGGUCGCCUCGCCGCCGCGCGGCAGCGGCUCCAACAAUCUCGCCACGCAGAAGCUCCACGAGAUACUGACUACGCCGAGGAAGCCGAGGACACCGCGCGGCGGACCGGCCACCGACCCGAUGCUCAUGCAGUCGCCGAGGCAGCAGCAGGUCCCGGUGCACCAGCCCACGACGCCUCGCGGUGCCUUCACGCCCGGCUGCUCGCCCUCGUCGGCGGCGGCCCACCGGGCGAUGAGCGCCUCGCGACAGCAGCUCCAGAUGCAGAGCGGCGGCAACACUCCGCUGUCGCCCGGUCGACGAGGUCCCGGUAGCCUGGGUGGCCCGCAGAUGACCUCCACGCCCAACAAGGAUCACACGCCCUCGGCGCGUCGCUGUCUGCCGCUCAACGCCGAGACGCCCUACGGCAGAUCGCCGGUGACUCGUCAGCAGCAGCAACAGCUGCAGCAACAGACGCCGGUGAGCAACGGCGCGGUGAGAUACCACGGCGAGGGCCUCAGCGACGAGGUCAUCUAUGGGGACAGGAAGAAACAGGCUUCGGGAUUCUAUCAGAGCGUCGAGAGCGCCUUCAUCGCCCGAACAGCGGUAGUACCACCUUUGUCACCACCAACGAGCGAAGCCAAUACGACACUCGUUAGCGCGACCGAAAAGGCCGAUCGCAAGAAUGCACCUUUGAUACUCUUCUUAGUCGGAGUACUGACGUGCGGUUUGAGCAUUUACCUGUCAUAUGCUCAGGGAAGGAGGUACUACUUCGACAGCGCCAUAAGCUGCGGCGCCUGCUGUGCCGUGGCCGGCGCGUGCCGCAGCAUGCGUCGCACCUGGACGGGACUCGGCCUUGCCGGUCUCUCGGCGCUCAGCUGCGCCGGCCUGUUGCUACUGGCCGCCAAGGCCCCCCGCCCCGGCACACCUCUGCACGAUGUCACGGCCGGGGCGCUCUGCGGCGUCUCGGUCCUCGGCGCAGUCUUGGCGCUGCUCGCGCUCAUCUCACCCAGAUGCACCUUCGGCAGACAUCGACGAGUACAUUCCUGGAUACCGAGAUUCUCGCCCUGAUUCUCCGGGAGCUGCAUUCCAAACUCGAUCUAAUUUCAUCAUUAUCAUUAUUACUAUUUUUUACCUGAUUCAAAAGUCUUGAGCUUUGCGAGCUUGCCGCAUUCCUUUCCGUAUAGCAUACGAAUCGCCGGCGCGUAUCGUCGGUUUUACUCUCGAUGGUACUUGCUACAGCUGUGCUUUAGCAAGCACUAUCGAAGAUGGAAAACAAAUGUACACCGAUGUUUGAGUGAAAUUGUAAUUAAGAGUUACUGGAAGAUAUCUAAACUAUCUUUUCUAAUAACUUUUAAAGAAAAUUAUGCGAGUGUUAGAAAUUUAAAAAAAAAACUACCGAAAAUAUAACACGUUAAAAUUAAAAUUUCAGUUCCAUAAAUCCUUUAGACUUUUGAUUUGAAUUUACAAAAUUUAUAAUUUGAUUAUAAUAUUUUUCAGUUGCGUCCGUGAAACUUUGUACCAAGAUCAAUGAAAACGGAUUAAAUAACAAAAGUAAACAAUUUUAUAUUUUUCGACGAUCAAAUCAGUGUCAAAAAUGCAGUUAAUUAAACCAAA